GGGUCUCGUGCACCUUGUGCGUCGAGAGAACCAACCCGGCCCCCAGCACGUAUUUACACGGGCUUUGUCAUUCUGUGCUCGCGCCUGCAAGGACCAGCCAAUCCUGUCGAUCAUGACCAAUACCCCAGCCGAGGUACACGAGCGAAGGAAGGGGUUGCAGCCUCGCUGUGAUGAUGAGUCCUCGACGACGAGAGCAACAACACGAAGGAAGCGACAGUACGAAGACAAAAUGAAAACUCUGACAAGCUCAUACACAUCCACACGCAGUAUGGGCGGAGCCAUGCAAAAACCAAAAAAAGUAAGCUUCUCCACGUUCGGCAAUUCUCCCAGUUUACGCCGUGGCAGGCAGGCGAGGCAGCCAGACGGAGUGCUGGAUCGAUGCGGAGAGCAAUGCUCAAUCAGGCUGUGUGAGACGCGCAAUGGGCUCCACAUCCGGAGUUGUGGUGGGAUAAUGAUGAUGCUGAUGCUGAUGCCGGUGCUGUCCACACAGUACGGCCGAAUUCUGGCAAGGGCUAGACCGUGCUGGCUGGAGGGCAGUGGCUGGGAACAUCAUCGCUUAGACGUCCAUAUCUUCUCCUCAUCAUUGAAAGAGGUUUCGUACGGAGAGAUACACCGAGUCCGCAUGCGUUCAUGCGGAGAAAUCGUACUGCACUUGCAUGUCUUGUAAGUGGGCGGGGAGAUCGCGGUUAUUGUUUGGGGGGAAUUGUGGCCUUUACGCGAGGAACACCCAUUGCUGCC